AAAUGCCGUUUUUGGCGGCAGUCGACGCGUUUUGAAAAAGAAAGAAUGAGGACACGCAAACGUUUUUCUUGUCAAAUAUUCCCGUGACCUUUUGACAACUCAUAAUCAUGGAGACGUGUAAGAUUGAUGAUAUGGACGGUGACGGUGAAUCAUUAUUCAGUGUUAAAUGGAAGGCCUUCCGGAAGAAUCCGCGAUUCUCGAGGUGAAUGCCAAUACAACUUCCCCCGAUGUAAAAGUUAAAUGUAAACAAUGUGAUCGAUUUUUCACGUCUGAAAGAUCCCUUCGUUGUCAUAUCAAAGUGCACAAUGACAAAUUGUUGGAGUGCUAUUUCUGCGACAAAAUGUUCAAUCGAACGGAUACUCUGUUUUUCCACGCACUCGACCACAUCAGCAAAGGAACUCUACCUUGUCGUGCCGAAGGAUGUGAUCAACUCGUUGAGACCAUGUUAGAGGGCGAGAAUCAUGCGAAUACAGCUCAUCAUGUGAAUGGUACAGUAUCGAUAAAGUGCAAGGAUUGCUCCGAAGUUUCAGUAUCCUUCCGUAAAAUGCUAUUCCAUCACACAUUCAAGCAUGGAGAACUUAAAGAAUAUGCGGAGGAAAUGAUUAUCAAGCAGAAAGAUUUCCUUCGAAUGAAAAAGAAUCAAAGCCGGAAGGAAAGAAAAACUUCAGUUGGAGCAAAGGAAGAAUCAAAGCAAUUCGAUGUUCAAGAUGCUUUAGAAAUCGAAGUCAAGGAAGAAAUCUAUGAAGCAGACGAAGAUGAUGGGAUUUUAAAGCAAUUGCAGAUGGCUAUGUCUGUAUCAUCAGCUUCCAAUUCGGAGAUGAUCGCGAAACUAUCGGAUGUGAUUGCAGAAUUAUUCCCAUUGAAUGAUAACGAGAAAUACCAAUGCACUCAUUGCUUGAUGAGUUUCACCGACGCAAUCCUCUGGAUGACGCACAUUGGAUAUCACGAAAUUGACGAUCCGUUCAAAUGUUCUGGAUGCGGCCGAAAGUUUGAGAAUCGACAAGCGUUCGCUCUUCAUCUAAACUACUUCGCACAUACAAUUGGUUUUGGAGGAGAAAACGAAAGCGAUGAAUAGUUCUAUUUCAUGUUCCUUUAUUUUAUUUAACAAAUAAAUAUGCAUAAUACUUGUA